CAGAUCGUGUUGACGCUGAUUGUAAUUUUAACCAUUGUGAAGUUAUUUUUUAAUCGUUACAGAGUCUUGCGUUUAUUGCAAACAAUAAUUAUGCACUCUCAUAUAUGUAUUUUGCUCGUAAAAAUGUACACGAUCCGAUUUUCUGCUGAACAUUCACAAACAUUUUAAUUUCUGCAAUGUUCGGUUAAACAUCUCGGUCAUUCUGUGCUAUUUUCAUUUAACAACAAAACUCUUGCCAAAGUGCACAUAAUAAAAUUUCGUACCAUACUGUUGUGCAGUUAAACAAUUUAACCCGUUGAAUUUCAUUCGGCUGUUAACAAACCACUUUCGGACUAUACGGCUACUGUUCCGUCUCUGACUUGAGUUUAUUUUUAAUUUUGAUAUUUUAAAAAGUGUGAAUGUCCUGUCGUUUUGAUUGACUGUUAAGAAAGACACCUACCAAGAAUAUGCAUAUGUACGAUCCUCCCAAUAAAAAUACAUUCAAUUCGGUGGAAGAAUUCCAAGAAGCAUUUAACUUAUUCGAUAACAAAGGCGAUGGCAAAAUUCAGCUCAACCAAGUCGGAGAGUGCCUCAGAGCGUUGGGUCAAAAUCCAACCGAAUCCGAUGUGAAGAAGUGCACACAUCAAUUGAAAGCCGACGAACGCAUUUCGUUCGAAGUGUUUUUGCCAAUUUAUCAGGCUAUAUCGAAGGCCAGAUCGGCAGACUCGGCCGACGAUUUCGUUGAAGGUUUACGUCAUUUCGACAAAGAUGCUAGCGGUUUCAUAUCGUCGGCUGAACUAAGACAUUUGCUGACGACAUUGGGCGAGAAACUUAGCGAUGAUGAAGUUGAGCAAUUGUUGGUGAACCAAGAGGAUUCGCAAGGAAACGUGAAUUACGAGGAAUUCGUGCGAAUGAUAAUGAGCGGUUAGACUGCGUGCGGCUGGACUCGAGUGUUAUGAAGUUGAAAGUAUUAAAUUGAAAGUAAUUCACAUGUCGUAUUGGAAAUUGUAUCUAGAUUUACUGUAACUGUUCUUUUGAAGGAAAAUCUUUAAUUUUUUUUUUAUUAAUCAAGUGUGAACAUGUAAUUGUUGCUGUCACACAAGUUGUAACCGGAUGAUAUAAAUUCACUAAAAUAAAAAAAUUGAAUUUAAA